AUCAAACAGRAAAGGUAAGCGCAAGCAGUCCRUGGUUCCUACACCACAGCCAAAAAAGAARCAAAAGAAACAAUCAGAACAGAGUUCUCCAGCUGCUUCAUAUGACAUACCUACCGUGAAAGUCACAUUUAUAGAGGAACCUUUAUCAGUUCCUUCUGCCCCUUAUGCCAACUUUAGUAAUGGGACAGAAACCAAUGUUGGGGGCACAGGCAAUAAAGGAACAACAAACCCGUCACAUGAUACUGGAUUGUUAAUGGUUUCCACGCAAAUUGGAGAAAGGCAAGAGAGAAAUGAGUUGGAUGCACAUCUUAAUCAACUUAAAGUUGCAUCUUCCCGCAAUCAGGAUAGCUUGAGUGAUGUUGCUAUCCAUAUCCAAGAAGCUCGACCAACUGAAGGGGUUAGUCCAGUAGAAGUUAGACCUGCAGAUGGAAUCUUGAAGGUUGAUGGAACAGAAGCUAGAAGGUUUGGUCACCUCAUUGGAGCUAGAAAGAGGAAGUCUUUUGCUGUUAAGCGGUUUAAGCAAGAACCAAGCUCAACUCUCAGAAAUGAUGCCCUGGGAAACACAACUGUUGAUGGUGUCGUAGUUGGACAAGAUGUGAUUAAAAAUACAAACGGGUUGGAUCCUGAUAACAUCGUAGAUGCUCCCCCAAUCAUCUCUGAAAUUAUAAAGAUUAUCAAGCCCGUGAACUAUUCAACAUCUAUAGUUAACGACACCGAGGAGGUGUCUGUUUGCUUUUUGGUCAGGAGGUCAGAUGGAGAAGAGGUUGUUGUUGAUAACAAAUACCUCAAAGAAAACAAUCCAAUUCUGGUUUUAAUCAAAUCUAAUGGAAAGGAAGUGAUCGUGAAUGAUAAAUAUCUUAAGGCUGACUAUACUGUGCUUGCAAGAUCAAGGUGAUUCAGGCGUUCACUUAUUGAUGAUGACAGUUGCUCUUGAUCAUCUACCACAUGCAAAAUCUUCACAAGCACGGAACUGUGGAUGUAAGUUGACCAGCCAACUUUUUUUUAUCCGUCUUGUUUUUCUUUUUCUUUUCUUAUUAUUUUUUCCCUCUAUGUUACACUUGUGUACUUUUU